AGAAGUUGCACGCGCGAACUAAAUAAAUAGUGGAGUAUAAUCAAAAGGACGAGAAAAAGGUUGGGGAAAGAGAGGGAGAAGCUCGAGAAGAGUGUGGGAGAAGGCAAACCCCAAAAACACUGACUAGACACAGACCGUUGGGCCCGACUCUUCAUGCAUGCAUGCACUCUUCUGACAUCUUUUCUUAUUCUCUACUAUUAAUAGUACAUUUUUAAAAUUUAAAACUUCAUUGACAUUAAUUAAAUACUUGGACGUACUAGAAAUAUAAGCCCUGAAAUAAUGAGAAGGUUCAAUCCAAAAUGCUUCUUAUUAUUAUUUUUUAGUUCUAAAAUGUUUUGUUCAAAUACAAUUUAAACUCCAAUACUCAGACAUUUAAUGUGGGAAAUGGUCAGGUCACUGUUUUUACUUUUAGCUGUCAGUCUCCCUCACUCACUCACUCAACAUUGUUUCAGAUUUUAGAGCAAAAAGUCUCUAAACCCAAAGCCUCCACUCAAUUGCCUACCAUCAAAACUUGAGCUUCUUCUUUCCAAAGCCUUAAAAGUUUGUAAAAUCAAAAACCCUUUCUCUCCAGCCAUCCUCUUUACUCACUUCUCCUCUUCUUUCUUCUUGAGCCAUGACUAAAGAUGAAGAUUUUAAGCUCCUAAAGAUUCAGACUUAUUCCCUCAGAGUUAGCAUCCAUUGCGAAGGUUGUAACAAGAAAGUCAAGAAACUUCUUCAGAGGAUCGAAGGAGUUUACCACGUAAAGGUAGAAGCAGAGCACCAUAAGGUAACCGUUUCAGGCUCUGUUGACUCGGCCACACUCAUCAACAAGCUCCUGAAAGCUGGCAAACAUGCCGAGCUCUGGUCUCCAAACCCAACUACAAACCCUAACCAACCUCAGAAGCCCAAGACUAAUGACGUCAUCAAGAACAACCAAAAGGGUCAAAAGCAAGGCUCCGCGAAAAGUGGUCUUGAAACCUUCAAGCCCAAAAACAACCCCAAAGGCGCGGCAUGUGUCAAGGAGGAGGAAGAUGAAGACGGCGGCGAGGAAGAAGACGGAGAGGUUCAGUUACCUAAAGCGGUGAAUCAACAGCAACAAAACGUCAAGAAAAACAGUGGAGGAGGAGGGCCAAUGAACAAUGGGAACAACGGAGUCAACGCAUCAAAGAAAGUCAACCAAAAACAGAACAGUCAGAACCAGAACAACAGUCAAGCAAUGGCGACGGCUAUGAGGAUGAGAAACGCCGCAAAAGUGAACUCUGGUGUAGAAAACAACGAGAUAGGAGCUCUCAUGGGUCUAGCUGGAUUUAACGGCGCAGCAACAAACGCCGCCGUGAAUCCUCAAAACGGGAUUCAACAACUUCAAGCGCCUCCGUUAAACAACAUCAACAGUGUCACUACUCACAACAUGAACAAUGGUAAUGGAGGACCAAGCAUGAUGAUGAACAUGAAUGGGUACAAUCCAAUGAACAUGCAGAACAGGCCAUUGAUGCAUCAUCACCAGCCUCAACAAAUGAUGUACCAACGACCAGCUUUCGUUCCACCUCCAAGUAAUGGGUAUUACUACAAUUACACCCCUAGUCCGUACACUUAUUAUCCUUAUUACCCUUACCCAUCUGACCAGCACCAGCAAAUUAGUCAUUCAUCUGCAACAAACAUGCCCAGUGAUGAAGACACUAGCAAUAACAGCAGCUGUAACAUCAUGUAAGUGUUGCUUGCGAAGGAAGUUAUCUUUCUACUUCUGGGUUUGAGUAUCUUUUAUUUUGUUUUAUGGCUAAUGUGAUAUGUUACUAGUGUCAAUUAUUUCCCUUUUCUUUUAUCAACUAGGCUUAUUUCCUGUUGCGUUUGUCAUGUAAGCCAUUUUGGAUUGGUAUGAAGUGUGUUGGUAUAACGUU